UUUAAUAGAAGUACACGGAGCAGAAGCCGGAGAGACGUUUCGUUUGUUUUUUCAACAAAAACAUUCGACACAAAGGACUUGAAGAAGGAAAAAAAAGAAAGAAUAGAGCCAGGAAGCCAGCCUAGCAGGAAUCACCAUAUAGCACCGGCUGCCUAUAUUAAACAAUAUCAAAGGGGAUUAAAAAAUUGUUUUCUUUUUGCAAGCUGAAGAGAAAGCGGGAUGGGAUGUACCUGGCCUCUACCUGUGUCUUGACAGAGCUUUGAAACAAACAAGGGGCGCUAAACUGGUCUAUGUUGGACACGUUUGAACGAGGAAAACGAUUUACGCCGGGGUAAUGUUACUAUGCCAUGGGGGAGUAAGCGGCGUGAAAACAAGAACGAAUUCUGCGAAUCCGUGAGAAGGAGCUACCUUGAAACUUGACGUCUGGAGAGCAAGUGAUUCUUCCCUUCCUAAUUGUAUUUGUAAGCCCCGCUUAGAUCUAGUAAACCAAAGGUUCAUUUAAUCCACAAUUAAACACAAUGAGACAAUGCGCUGUUUGGAAAUUAACCACUGAAUAUUUGAGAUAUGUGCAAGUAACUGGGAUUGAAAGCGAUCUGAGAAUGGUUUACAUCUAUACAAAUAAGAUCUUUCUAAUGGGUUAACUUUUUUUUUUUGUUUAUUUGGUUGGUAGCAAUAAUUUAAAAGAAGAAAACUGUUAAAAAUUUUAGACACAAUUGCGGAAAGGAAAUGCAGUAAGUAGUCAAGCAAUGAAAGCAGACUUCACUUAAAUCCUGUUUGCUUUACCAUAAAGGUCAUCUUUUAGCAUUAAGUAUGAGAAUUGGACACUGAUUUGAAUAUCCUUUUGCAGCAUACCAAUACAGCACUUUAAAAUAGUUCCAUGUAGCUAGCAGUUAGAAAAUGAAUUGGGAAGAACCAAAGGCAGAUCUAGGGAACGGCAAUGCCAUAGGAAAGAAAGAUGCAGCGCUGACUGGAGGAUUGGAAAGCUCAGAAAGCCAGCUGGGGAUGGAUGGUAAUCUAGUGACAUUUCAAGUUGGUGGUGAUGACAGUGGCGGUGUUGAACUGGGAGUCCUGGCCGAGCCAGGUUUAGUGAUGGAACAGAUCCAUGAAGAGGAGGCAACAAAAGACACUAAUGGAAAUAGCAAAUCCCUAGUGGGCCAUCGGUCUGACACAAAUUCAGACAUGCUCCUUCAUAAUGUACUCUUAGGAAAUCAUUCAGAAGAUCACACCUUCCAUCAGAAUGAUACUGGUUCAGUAUAUGGAUCAACUAGUGACUCGCCGUCCCUGGCAGAAGGAGAUAAGGAUUUAACUUUACAGGAAGCGGAUUCCUCCUCAGCCGGUUCCCCAAAAACAGAGGGUACUAAAGUACAGGGACAACCUGCUGACACCCUAUCACCGUGUGCACAGGAUCAGCUUGUGGAUUGCCCUGCUGAGCUGGGAAGCUCUGAGCGACUUGGCCUUUCCCCGUCUCAACCUUCUGAGGACAAUGAGAAGCUAAAACACAGUGCAAAGAGAGUAACUUUCCCUUCAGAUGAGCAAAUCGUGUCAGGCGCAGUUGAACCCAAGGACCCCUGGAGACAUGCUCAAAAUGUGACUGUGGAUGAGAUUGUCACCGCUUACAAAAAUGCCUGUCAGAAACUAAAUUGCAAGCCUAUUCCAAAGCUACUGAAACAAAUCCAGCCACACUGGACAUCACCACUCCUCACUAAGGAGUUUAAAGAUCUGACGCAGCGGGUGGACUGUCUUGAUCUUAAAGGAGAAAAACUUGACUACAAAGCAUGUGAAGCACUUGAGGAGAUUUUCAAACGGGUACAAUUCAAAGUGGUCGAUUUGGAGCAGACCAGUUUAGAUGAAGAUGGAGCAUCUGCCUUGUUUGAUAUGAUUGAAUAUUAUGAAUCAGCAACACACUUAAACAUUUCUUUCAACAAACACAUUGGGACUCGAGGCUGGCAAGCUGCUGCUCAUAUGAUGAGAAAGACGAAUUGCCUUCAGUAUCUGGAUGCCAGAAACACACCACUUUUGGAUCAUUCUGCUCCAUUUGUUGCCAGAGCUUUACGUAUCAGCAGUAGUCUGGGGGUCCUGCAUUUGGAGAAUGCCUCUUUGUCAGGGCGCCCUCUAAUGUUAUUAGCAACUGCACUGAAGAUGAACGUUAACCUAAGGGAGUUGUACCUUGCUGACAAUAAGCUAAAUGGAUUGCAAGAUUCAGCUCAACUCGGCAAUCUGCUGAAAUUUAACUGUUACAUCCAGAUCCUUGACCUUCGAAAUAACCACAUUCUUGACUCAGGACUGGCAUACCUGUGUGAGGGCCUUAAGGAGCAGCGGAAAGGCUUGGUGACUCUUGUAUUAUGGAACAACCAAUUAACUCACAACAGCAUGACGUAUUUGGCAGCAGCACUGCCUUUCACGCAGAGUUUGGAAACUCUCAACCUGGGACAUAAUGCAAUUGGAAAUGAAGGAGUCCACAAACUUAAAGAUGGUCUCAUUGCAAAUCGUUCAGUGUUACGUUUGGGUUUGGCUUCUACUAAACUCUCUUGUGAAGGUGCUGUGGCAGUGGCUGAGUUUAUUGCUGAGAGCCCUCGACUUUUGCGACUAGAUCUACGGGAAAAUGAAAUAAAAACGGGAGGACUUAUGGCCCUCUCACUGGCACUAAAGGUUAAUACAUCUUUGCUCAGGCUGGAUCUAGACAGAGAGCCUAAGAAAGAGACUGUAAAAAGUUUCAUUGAGACCCAAAAAGCUCUGUUGUCAGAAAUUCAAAAUGGGUGCAAACGAAACUUCAUCCUUGCAAAGGAGAAGGAGGAGACAGAGCAGAAGAUGCGUCAGUCUGCCUCCAUGCCUGAAAUUACUAUGGCUUUACCCCAGGCUGAAGAAGAAGCAAUGUCUGAGGAGAGCCAACAAGACAUUAGAGAUGAGAACACUAGUAGUAAUGAAGAAUGUGAUAAUGAACAAUCCGCUGCUGAAGAGGAGGAGGAGGAGGAAGAUGAGGAGGAAGAGAAAGAAGUGGAAUGUGCAAGUAAAACACAAGAACAGGAGGAUGAAUCUGAUUCAGAUACAGAUGAAGAGAAUGAAGAAGUGGAAGGAUCUACACAAACCAAUACAGAAGCACAACAUCAGAAAGCAGAGACAGUUUCUGAGCUUUCUGCCAAGAUGUCAGAGCCAGUUGCAGAAGUGAGAGUAGAGUCUGUAGCUCUUGUAGCUAAUGCUGCUCCUUCCUCUAACUUAGAAGAAAAACCAGUGGCAAUUUUGGACACAACAUCUAAUCAGAGCUCCCCUCUACGGAAUAAUGAGAGGCAUAUUUCAGUUUCUAGUCCAGGUCGAGGACAUAAAAUAUUUGUUGUGACCAGAGUAGAGAGUCCUCCUGAACAAAUGGCAGCACCAGCAGGUCUACAGACAAAGCCUCUUUUUAGCCAGUCUUCUGCCACUUUAACUGUAGGGGCUGAGGUGCAUUCGCUCACAAACUCUGCCUCACAUUCAGAGCAAGUACCACCAAAUGCAUUGGUUACACCAAGAAGGUCAAACUGUGAAGAGAAAUGUGAGAUGGCAGAGACCACAUCUUGUACAACAAUGGAGGGUAUGCCCCUUCCCAAUGGACUGAAAACAGAAUUUGCCCUCUUGCUUUCUGACCCAUCUGACAUCCCUAAAACUGCAAGUUGUGGAACUGAACACGAACUGAGCUGCAGCAAGAAUGAUAAGGAGAUAGAAGAGAUGCUGUUAGAGGCUAGUCUUGAGGCAGGAAAAGAAGCCCAAUGACUCUUUCCUGUGGCCUUGGAGCUUGUUGGAUUCAUAAAUGCAGGUAAUCCCUAGGAGAAACUAAAAUGUGCCUGUUUGACAGUAUAAUUUUGGAUUCAUUCAUCCCCUGGAAAACUUGAGAGACAAAAUUGUUCCCUGUCACUUUAACUAAACUGUAAUGAGAUUACAGAUUAUUUUAAGAUCACACUAUGUUGCUGAAUCACUACAUUCCACCAACACAACCCAGAGGAAGAAUUUUGCAGGUCAUUAUCACCAAGAAUGGAAGGCACUGUUCUUAUUAACCAAAGAUCCAGAAACACUGGAAGACCAUUGCAUUGGCGACUGGAGAAAACACUUCAUGGAGUACUAAAGAAAAUGGACUUUCCUCAUUUGCCAUUGCAGCCAUGAACAAGUCUACAGUCAUGAUUAGAGUUCUACUGUCUUGUGCUGAAAUUAAUUUUUGUCUCGCCAAAAUGAAUAUGCAUGUCAUUCUCUCAGAACAAUGUUUAUACUUAGUAGAGUCUCAAAGAGGACAUGAGAAUAUAGAGUACAGUAAGGAAAGACUGACAGUAUUGUUGGUUUUCCUGUAGCCAGGCAGGUUGACGUUAUUAGGGUGUUUCUUUCUUUCUUUCUUUUUUUUUUUGCCACACUUGCUCUGACACUACAACGACAACUUAAACAUCUGCCUAGAGAAUUAUGAGUUGUGUUUAUAUAGAGAAGUAUGGAAAGCCACCCACCCAACAGUGCAUCUUUGUUUUGUUUUUUUCUUUUGUAUGUUUUAUAAAGUUGUCUCACAUGCUUUCUGGUGGUCAUUCUAAUCCCAACUUCGUAAUCUCUUUUCAGUUUGGUGCUUUUUAGAAAUAUUUCAUCUACACACUUCCUAAGUUAAUUUUAUGAAAAACGUUUUCUCUUUUCAGUAUGGGUGACAUCAAGUCUAGGGUUUUUAAAAAUGAAUUUCUGAAGCAGUUCUUUCUGUGCAAAAUGUUACAAACACAAGGUAUAUCACUUAAUGCAGAAGUGACAUUGUGAGGAGAAAUGGGAAAGAGUGAAAGAAAAAGGUACAUGUUUAGUCUAAUUUUGAAAUAUCCUGUAUGCAUCUUGUUCAUUCUCCUAAUAUGUCCUAUGACAAAUGUUUCCACUGCAGCAAGCAAAUAAGGAUGUAAUUAAUCAU